AUGGACAAAAUGGAGUACUCAGACAGUAGUAUGGGCUGCAAUAAAAUAUUCUCUAGUACUUCAAAUGUGAACAGUCAGGAGCGAACUCAUACCGGAGAACUCCAAUACAAGUUCCCUACCUGUAACAAGUCUUUAGAUAAAGCGCACAGUCUCCAUGUGCAUGCACCAAUUCAUACAGGGGAACGUCCAUACAAGUGCACCAGCUGUAACAAGGCUUUCUCUGAUACCUCAUCUCUCCACAAGCAUGAGCGAAUUCACACAGGGGAACGUCCAUACAAGUGCACCACCUGUAACAAGGCUUUCUCUCGUACCUCAGGUCUCCAUGUGCAUGAGCGAAUUCACACAGGGGAACGUCCAUACAAGUGCACCACCUGUAACAAGGCUUUCUCUCGUACCUCAAAUCUCCUUGUUCAUGAGCGAAUUCACACGGGGGAACGUCCAUACAAGUGCACCACCUGUAACAAGGCUUUCUCUCAAACCUCAUCUCUCCAUUUGCAUGAGCGAAUUCACACGGGGGAACGUCCAUACAAGUGCACCACUUGUAACAAGGCUUUCUCUGAUGCCUCACAUCUGAAUGUGCAUGAGCGAAUUCACACAGGGGAACGUCCAUACAAGUGCACCAGCUGUAACAAGGCUUUCUCUGAUACCUCAUCUCUCCACAGGCAUGAGCGAAUUCACACAGGGGAACGUCCAUACAAGUGCACCACCUGUAACAAGGCUUUCUCUCAAACCUCAGAUCUCCAUGUGCAUGAGCGAAUUCACACAGGGGAACGUCCAUACAAGUGCACCAGCUGUAACAAGGCUUUCUCUGAUACCUCAUCUCUCCACAAGCAUGAGCGAAUUCACACAGGGGAACGUCCAUACAAGUGCACCAGCUGUAACAAGGCUUUCUCUGAUACCUCAUCUCUCCACAGGCAUGAGCGAAUUCACACAGGGGAACGUCCAUACAAGUGCACCACCUGUAACAAGGCUUUCUCUCAAACCUCAGAUCUCCAUGUGCAUGAGCGAAUUCACACAGGGGAACGUCCAUACAAGUGCACCACCUGUAACAAGGCUUUCUCUCGUACCUCAGGUCUCCAUGUGCAUGAGCGAAUUCACACAGGGGAACGUCCAUACAAGUGCACCACCUGUAACAAGGCUUUCUCUCAAACCUCAGAUCUCCAUGUGCAUGAGCGAAUUCACACAAGGGAACGUCCAUACAAGUGCACCACCUGUAACAAGGCUUUCUCUCGUACCUCAAAUCUCCUUGUUCAUGAGCGAAUUCACACAGGGUAA